CCAGAAAGUGCCUCAAGGAAGCUUCCUUAUGUAGAAAAACCCCACAAGAAACACCGUGUGCGCUUCCUGGCAAGUUGUGAAGCCAAGCUGUCACAAUGGCAGAAAACAAGGACAGCAGUGCAAAAAACGCAGAUGUGAGACCCAAAAGCAGCCGGAGCAGAAGUGCAGACAGAAAGGAUGGGUAUGUCUGGAGUGGGAAAAAGCUCUCCUGGUCCAAGAAAAGCGAGCAUUGUCCUGAUGCUGAAGCAGCAAGUGCUGCAGGAAGGUCGGGGACUAAUUUAAGGAGCCAAGAGAGGAAGUACAGCUGCUCGUCCAUCGAGCUGGAUCUGGACCGGUCCUGUGGGCACAGGUUUUUAGGGCGGUCUCUCAAGCAGAAGCUGCAGGAUGCUGUGGGUCAGUGCUUUCCCAUAAAGAACUGCAGCAGCCGGCACGGCUCUGCACUGCCAUCCAAAAGGAAAAUCCAUAUCAGUGAGCUGAUGCUGGAUAAGUGUCCUUUCCCCCCGCGCUCAGAGCUGGCUUUCCGCUGGCACCUGAUCAAAAGGCACACGGCCCCUAUAAGUCCAAAGGCAGAAGAAUGGAUAAUUGCUGAUUUAUCCCAGCACGAGGAAAGGGAGGAUCAGUUGAGAGAUGAGGAGAUUGCCAAUGGGGGAAUGGACUCUCCCUCGCAGUCCUGUGACUUCACUGACAGCAGCUCCUCUCGGGGUGACCCGAGGCCUGAGCUGGUGACAGGUAAGGUGGCAAGGAGCAGUAGGGAUGAGAGUGACAUGGACUCUGAUGAUGAAGUCAUAACUCUGUGCACAAGCUCUCGAAAACGAAACAAGCCCAAGUGGGAAACGGACGACGAGCUGCUACGGAUGGAAACGCCCCCGAAAUACCACACCCAGAUUGAUUAUGUCCACUGCCUAGUGCCAGACCUCCUCCAGAUCAAUAACAACCCCUGCUACUGGGGAGUCAUGGAUAAAUAUGCAGCUGAGGCGCUGCUGGAGGGAAAGCCAGAGGGAACGUUUCUGUUGCGAGACUCUGCCCAGGAGGACUAUUUGUUUUCCGUGAGCUUCAGGCGCUACAGUCGCUCCCUCCACGCCCGGAUAGAGCAGUGGAAUCACAACUUCAGCUUUGAUGCCCACGAUCCCUGUGUCUUCCAUUCUCCUGACAUCACAGGACUCCUAGAACACUACAAAGAUCCAAGUUCCUGUAUGUUCUUUGAACCACUUUUAUCCACCCCCCUGAACAGGACCUUUCCCUUCUCUCUCCAGCAUAUAUGUAGAACGGUCAUUUGCAACUGUACAACUUAUGAUGGUAUUGAUGCACUUCCCAUUCCUCCCUCGGUGAAGCUGUAUCUGAAGGAAUAUCACUAUAAGUCAAAAGUUAGAGUGCUCAGGAUUGAUGUACCAGAGCAGCAAAGCUAGAAAAUAUUUUUGUGAAAGAAAUUUUCCCCAAACAGACAAUAUUAUGUUCAAUCUCUUUUCCUUCUAGGUUUUUUUUUAAAUAGCGACUUGAUUAUUCUUUCUUUUUCUGCGUAUUAUUUACCACCCAAACUAGUCUCUGUUUAAAUGUACUUUUGACUCUUCACAGCUCUCUUUUUUUAGGAAUUAUAUUUGUUGUGGGCUUUUGGUACUGUCUCUAGGCUAGAGUUUUAUGGAAUUCCAGGUAGGCUUUCUGGUAUUUCUAUAGAUGGAUAGUCGUUAGAUCUAAAACCCCCUGAAAAUCAGUUUUGAACUUGAUCUGUCUUUUCUAUUGUAGUUGACACGUGUUGCUGACAUGAUUGAAAUAAUGCACUAUUAACUAAAGAUUGAGUCAUCUGUAUUUUCUGCAUUUGUUUUAAAAUGAGUGCUCUAGCCUCUGUGUGUGUGUGUUUCCGUCCCUACCCACUGCAGUAAAUUCGCCAGUCUAUUUCUAACAUUACUAUUCCAAGCAAAAUGAAGUUUGAAAGAGGAUAUGAUCUUUCUAUAAAUAUAUCAGGGGACUAAAUACCAGGGAGAGGAAAAACAAUUCAAGUUAAGGACAACACUCAGUGCAGGAACAAACAUGUAUAAACUGGUCCUGAAAAGAUUUUGGUUGGAGAGGAGGAAGACUCGUCGUCGUCAGAGCAGCGGGGUUCUGGAAGAGCUUUUCAUUUUGUAUAAUAGCAGUAAAAAGCAAACUGCUCAUAAACUGGGAUUUGAUCAGUGUCUGGAAGAGAUAAUCAUGUAGUUACUUAUGAUAGAUGGGGCUUGGACUUGGGAGCUCUGUUUCUGUGUUACUGUUGCAUUAUAUGAAAUACCCAAGUUUUGCUGUAGGAGCUGCCACUGCUUAAAUGAUAAAGCACAGGGUGGGAGGGUGGAAAGGAAGUUAUUUCCUAAAAAAUCUGCAUAUUUAAUGAUCUGAUUCUGCAUGGUUGAGCCUGAGGUGAUGGUGAAUAACUUUCCUACUUUGUUAGGAGGGGGGUUGGUUUUUUUUCAUAAGUAUAGUUUAAAAAGAAAGCAAGUCUGCUGAUUUUUCUUGCAAUGUGAAGCAUUCGGUCGAAUGGCUUCCUGCCAAAUUCCAUGUACGGGAAAACCAUGCAUGGAUAAUGCUCCUAAAAGCAUUACUUACAUUACAUGGACAGGCAGAUCUGCUGCUGAGUUGUUGGUGGAAUCCCAGGAGACUCAGUGGAUGUGGGUUCAGGCAGGAAACUCCAGGCUGGCCUCGGGGUGCAGCUCCAGGAGGUGCAGCAGUGACCUGCAGCUCUGUUCCCUCUGUGUGCUUUAUCUCCUGUCCCAAACUGGGCCCGGAGCUCCUCUGCCAAAAGAAUGUGAGAUGGUGUAAUUGUAACUCCAACGACCACAUUGUUUCCUCUCCUUUGACCACAGGGAGCCUUUGUAUCCUCUCAAAAUGCUUUUGAAACUGAGCCCCAAGCCUGCCAAAUUACAGAUGUGUUUAAUUUCAUGCAUGUGAAGGACCCUAUCAAAAAAUCAGCAAUGACCUGUGGGUGAGGCUAUCACUGAAUGGUUGGGAUUGGAAGGGAGCUCUGGAGAGGAUCUCAUCCAAGCCCCCUGCUGAAGCACAAGAUCACAUCCAGGUGGGUUUUGAACAUCUCCAGAGUGGGAGAGUCCACAAUCUCCCAACACAGCCUCUUCUAGGCCUCCAUCCCUGCACAGUAAAGAGGAUUGUCCUCAUACUCUGGCAGGUCAGCCCCCAGCCUGGACUGGUGCAUGGGGUUAUUCUUUACCUGGACAGGGUACCAGGACUUCUUGAACUUCCUUAGGCUCCUCCCUGCCCGUCUCUCCAGCCUGUUCCCAGUCUGGCUGAGUGUCAGCACAGCCUGUUGGUGUGUCAGCCACUCCUCCCAGUUCUGUAUCACCAGCAAACCUGCUGAGGGAACACUCUGUCCCUUCACCCAGGGUGAUGAAUAAGCUGAACAAGACCAGACCCAUCACUCAUCCCUUGGGAAUCUGUGUGCAGGCAAGGAGCAGUAGAGCACAGUGCUGUAGAGUCUGGCUCCAAGACUGUAGACUCAGACUAAGCAAUACUUCCAUUUGAAUCUUUUCAUUUUGCUUUGUACAGAAUUCUGUAGAUUUGUGGACAUCAAAUCCAUCCUGCAAGGAGUUACCAAGGGAGCUUUGCCAUGCAGCUCCAGCAGGACCUGCCACCCUGCCCUUACCCCAAACCUGAGCAGAUAAAACCCUUCCCACUGAGCUGCUGCCACUGUGAUGAUGUACACAGAUUUCCAGGGACAUCUGCCUAGAGACCAGCCCGUUUGUUUUCACUGGGUUUUAAAUAGGUUUGGAACCAAAGUCUCCAGGGAGAAAAUGCUAACACAUCAAUCCAUGGCAUCGCACACGGAUGAGCGCGCUCCGGGAUGAAUUCUCAGCUGCUGGAAAUCAGCGUGGCUUUAUUGAUACACUUGGAGUGGCUCAUCCCAGCUGAGAUCCUCCCUCCUCCAUGUCCAAAUAUCACUGAUGUCAGAAAAAUGACCCUGUUUUUUUUCUGUGAUUUUUAUCUUGUGCUGCUUCCAUUCAUUGCCUUUUGCAUACGCUGUACUUUAUCAAGGGCAGCUUUCUAUUGCUAAGUCUAUUUUAGCCUGGCACUGCCAUUUUCCAGGUGCAACAUAGAGAUCAUCAUUGCUAUGCUCCUGUCCACUGUGCCCAUCAUGGUGGGAUGGUGGGCUGGGAUUUGGGUGGCUGCAGUAUGAAGGAAAAGCUUCUGUUCAAGAUCUGGAGUGACAAAGAGAUAUUUGCAGUCUGCUUGAUUAAAAUUCUCUUUCAGAAACACCUAAUUAGGGCAAAAAGCUCAUCAUUUUAGAUAG